GACUGAGCAGACAAGACGUCACAAUCGUAGGUACGAAGAGGAGCUUGCGAGCAAAAUAAUAAAGUAAAACAGGAAAAACUCGAUAUAAAAUGUACAUUUUUGAAGUGUUUCUUGAGAACUUGCUUUAUUUAUUUUACUAACUGCGUGCAUAGAUUGAUAGAUGUUCGGCCUUAUUCAUCUUCUGUUGAUGUGAUAAUACUUAUCAAUUUUUUGACAAAUAAACGAAAACAAGUUUCCUAAUCAAAAACAAGUAAGAUGCUGAUAAGAUUCACAGUCUCCAAAUUGAGGGUCGCGGUACCGGGGACUCAAGCGAGGUAUUUCUCGGCCGCAAUGGACAGAGGAAACAGUUUCUUUUUCAGGCAGUUGUUUGACACAGUCAGCAGCACCUAUACUUACCUCCUUGGAGACUUGAAGACUCGUGAGUCCGUCCUCAUAGACCCCGUGUUAGAACACGCUCAGCGGGACGCUGAUCUCAUCAAUCAACUUGGCUUCAAGUUGAUAUAUGCAAUGAACACCCACAUGCACGCAGACCACAUUACGGGUACCGGCAAACUAAAAUCUCUUCUGCCUGGGGCUAGAAGCGUGAUCGGCAAGGCUUCAGGCGCUCAAGCGGACAUGUACCUCGAAGACGGGGAGGUGAUCAAAUUUGGCUCCCACCAAUUGCUGGCAACUUCUACUCCUGGUCAUACCAACGGGUGUACGACGUAUAUUUGUCAUAAACAGGGCAUUGCUUUCACGGGUGAUACUCUCUUAAUCAGAGGUUGCGGCCGAACAGAUUUCCAGGAGGGAUCUUCGGAGGCCCUGUAUAAUUCGGUUCACAAAAAGAUCUUCACGCUUCCAGACCAUUACACUUUGUACCCGGCACACGAUUAUAGGGGCCAGACAGCAACGUCGGUGGGUGAAGAGAAGAAAUAUAAUCCCCGAUUGACGAAAUCGUUACAAGAAUUCGUAGAUAUUAUGAAGAAUUUGAAUCUGCCUUAUCCGAAGAUGAUAGAUAAAGCGAUACCCGCCAAUAAAGUAUGUGGAUUAUUUUAAUUUUCUUAAGGUUUUGAAGUUUUCUAUAUAAUGCAAGGAACAAAGUUUUAUAAUAAAUAAAAUAUACUUUUUAAACUAAAUACCAACUGCUAGAUGACGUCAACACAGAAAACUCUUAUGAUGAAAAUUAUUUAUUAUCUUUCCAAAACUAGUUUCAUCAAAAACAUCUAAAAUACAUUUUUUUAUCACAACUUAUGGUUGUUUGGAAUUUUUUUUAAUGGAAAUACAAAACCAUAUUUUUUAUUGGCAUCAUUUGCAGUUGGCAGAAAUUAAAUGACAGAUGUCGCCUGUGAUAUAUGAAGGGAUUUCUAACAUUUGUUAUUUCCCUCGUGUAUUAUUAUGUUAUUUUAUGAGUUACAAAUAGUUGCUAUUUUUUAUCGUUUUUGUUUGAUUUUUUUUAUAGAUAUUGUUUGUUGUUAACGAUUGUAUUCUAAGAUUGAACCAAUAUUAUAGAUAUUUAUGUAUAUUUUGUUAAUGAAAUAAAUAACUUUUUAAAUUAAA